AUGCUUUGCAGAAACCUUCGACAAGCCAUAAAUUUGAGAGCAGUCAAAAAUCUGCAGCCUUUAGGACGGCUUUUGUCUACAUCAUCCAAGCCAGAUGUAAUUACAGAAGAUGGAACUAAGUUGAAAACUUUACAGAAUGGAAUUCGAUUGGCUGUGGAUGAAACACCAUCACACUUCAGUGCCGUUGGAAUGUAUAUUGAUGCUGGAUCUAGGUAUGAAGAUAGAUAUGAAUUGCAAGGAUGUUCGCAUUUGUUGGAUAAACUGGCCUUUAAGUCAACCAAAGAUUUUAGUGAUCGAGAAAUUGCAGCCAAAUUGUGCUCUUUGGGAAACAACGUGAUGUCCACUUCAUCAAGGGAGUCAAUUCUUUACCAGGGAAGUUCGUUUAACCCGGAGGUUGGUAAAUUAUUUCAGGUCAUGAGUGAAAGCAUAUCGAAACCUUUAUUGACUGAAGAUGAGAUCGAGCAGCAAAAGAUUAACACAGAAUAUGAAAUUGGGGAAAUUCAGUUAGACAGUGAGCAAAUUCUUCCUGAGAUUUUGCAGCAAGUUGCGUUUGGAGGAAAGAAUAUCGGAUUCCCAUCAUUUUGUACCGAUGAAGCAUUGAAAAGUAUUAACAGAGAAAAGCUUGUUAGGUAUAGGAACCUCUUCUACAAGCCAAGUAAACUUGUGGUUUCCUUACGUGGUGUUCCAUUUGGCCAAGCUUUGGAAUUAACGGAGAAAGGGUUUGAUGGCUUCAAGGACCAGACUCCAGGUGAAAAGAUAAUUAAAGAUAAAGCUGUUUACACUGGGGGUGAAAAAAGUCUUGCUGUUCCUAAAGAGCUUGCAUAUACUGGACAGGAAUUUCACCAUCUUUAUGUUGGAUUUAAUGGUAUUCCUGUCGAUGAUCCGGAUAUGUACAAGUUGGCUGUUUUGCAAACGCUUAUUGGUAGUGGUUCAUCUUUUUCUGCAGGUGGCCCAGGUAAAGGUAUGUAUGCACGUGCAUACACCAGAGUUUUGAAUCAAUGGGGAUUCGUGGAGAGCUGUAAGGCAUUCAUGACGAAUUUCACCGAUAGCGGACUUUUCGGCAUUUCGAUGAAGUGCAUUCCUAAUGCGGAUAGUGCGGUUGUCGAUUUGCUCGGUAACGAACUCUGUGCAUUAAUGAGUCCAGACGUUUCGAGAGGUGGCAUUUCGGAGAACGAAGUCAGCAGAGCCAAGUCUCAGCUCAAAUCGGCAUUAGUGAUGAACCUAGAAAGUAGUUUGGUCGAGUUGGAGGAUAUGGGAAGACAAAUACAGGUGUUGAAUGAAAAGACAAGCGUCCGGGAGAUGUGCUCUAAAAUUGACAGUGUGACAAGAAAUGAUCUUAUUGAUAUUGCCACAAAAAUAUUCACAGGAUCGAAUCCAACUGUGGUUGUCCAGGGUGACAGAGAGAAGUUUGGUGAUAUUGCGGGCAGAUUGAGAAGCCAUGGUUUGGGAAUGAAUGCACCAAAGUGCAGACCUGCCGAUUACACUAAAUGGACGAAUUGA